UCCUUGUAACUGAGUAGAAGAGCAUCCACCUUUUCGAUUCCCCCCCUAAAAUUAGCUACGCCAUUAAUUCCAAUCAAUCAAUCAAUCAUGUACUUCAAUUACAAUGUUGGAAUCUAAGAUCCUUUAGAUCUCAUAACCACAACAUAUGUCGGUUAGGAUUCGAAAGUGUUUUUUUGGUCUAUGUCUAGACCAGGAGGUUUUACCAAGCAUGGAGCUUCCUACAACUGAUGUGGACCUUGAGCCUAAGAAGAUUGAACCUGAGAAAAACGAAGGUCCCUUGUUCCAUUGUGAUUUUUGUGAUACAGAAGUAGUUCACAAGCUGGCUCAAAUGUUCCUGCCAGGACUAGCCUGUGCCUGUGUUGAUAACACCACAGGCGGUCCCUUCAAGACCCCUGGUUCAGUGGCUGUUGAUCUGAGAAAGGAAAUGAUAGAAUUUGUCACCCAAAAGAGCGAAUCGUUUGUUGCUGAGUCUGUUAUCUUAGAGGGUGGUCCUGAUGGCGGAGCAUUGGAACACCCUUUUGAUAUCAUUUGCUAUUUUGUUGAUGAGUUUGUUAGUUCAAAGAGGAAUUUGUUGAGCCAGGUUUCGGGGUGGCUGCUGAGUGAUAAGAGAGAGGACAAAAUAGACGAUUUUGUUCAGGAGAUGGAAAUGAAUGGUUUUUGGCCGCUGGAUAGAAGAGAAACACUUGCAAAAACUUUGAUCAAGAAUGUUGACGUGAAGAGCUCGUUUCAUUGCAGCAUGAGUUUUAAAUCGGCACGAGAUCUUGCCAACCAUGCUGACGAUGGUUGCAACUUCAGGCCUGUGAUCUGCCGAAAUGAAGGGUGCGACGCCAGAUUCAGUGCUGGUCAUUUGAAGGAGCAUGAUUCAGCUUGUGAUUUCAAGAUAGUUCCAUGUGAACAGAAGUGCACAGAUAGCAUUUUGAGACGCGAGAUGGAUAGGCACUGCAUAACUGUUUGCCCAAUGAAGCUUGUGAAUUGCCCUUUCUAUGCAGUGGGUUGUAGAUCUGCUAUUGCACAAAGUAUGAUUAGAAAACAUUGUUCAGAUGACAUCGAGUCUCACCUGUUGCUCAUGCUUAAAGGCAUCCACCAGGAGGCAUCAGGCGAAGAUCUAAAACGACGUGUGGAGCAAAUUUUACAGGCGUCAUCAAGAAGCAAAUUAGCAGAGGCUCGGGAUGUGAGAUCUUAUAAAAAUAUUGUCAAGGACCUUGAAGUUAAGCUAGGGCCUCUUGAAGUGAUUGCCAAAGAGAAAACUAGUGCAGAAACUGUUGCCGAGAAUGAAGAUAGUGAAGACAAUAGAACCAAAACAAAAGACAAGGAGCAGCACACACAAACUUUGAAUUCAUUGGAUAAAGCUGAAGUGAGUGCCAUCUUGGAAAAGACUUGUGCAGGGAAUGCUGUCAAUAAAGUGGAUAGUGAACAUAAGGAAAAUGGAAAGCAAGGGUAGUGCACAGAAAAAUGUGAGGAGCAGAAGGUCUUAAACAAAGGAUGAGAAGCAAGGGUAAUACAAUAUUUACUUUCCUCAGUAACUGAAGGUUAACUAAGCAUGUUGUAGAUGUAGCAUUAUAUUGAUUUUUCUAAUUUGUCAAGUUUCAACGCAAUUCAUUAAUAUCUCUUCUGGUCCUCCCCCUCGUUUCACCGUGCAAAUUUUCUGAAGAUUUUAGAGA